AUGAAUGGGAAUGCAAACAGUGGCACUGGUGGCAGCAGCGGCUGGUACACGCCGUAUUUGGGCGGUGGCAACGGAUAUACGCCAUAUCUCGGUGGUGGCGGCGGAUUCACGUCUUAUUUGGGCGGCUAUAGUCCGUAUUACAGCGGAAGUAGCAGUUACAUUCCUUAUUUCGGCAGCAGUGGCGGUUACAGUCCCUACUUCAGUGGCAGCGGCUACUAUCCUUAUUACGGUUUUGGAUAUAAAAAGAAAUGA